AUGGCCGUAGCUCUACUUUGCCUGCUAGCCCUUGCCGCCGUCUGCGCCGCCAAGCAACAAGACUUCGAGGCGAUCGACACCAGAAAGCCGUGGCUGGCCAACAGCUAUACCACCAACCCGUCGUGUCACGCGCCGCCGGUGUUCGUCCUGGCCAGCUCGGAGCUAUCGGAGCUGGACAUCGACCAGGAAACUGCUCGACGAGCGCAGGUUUACUUAUAUUGGUCGUCCUGCGAGUGUGCUCUGAUGUGCCGCCCGCGAGGAGUGCGCACUUGCUACACCGAAGAGUUCAGCCGCGAUGAGGUGCUCGCCCUGCUCGGCCACAAGUCUAGCCGACGCGCUCUCAUCAAGGCUGACGGAGUGCCGAACUUCCCAGUGCCAAACGGACGCCAGCGCGCCAGCGUCCACCUCGGCUGCAAGUGCGGCAACAGCUGCAGCGUCUGGGGCAUGAAGUUCACCCCGCGUGCCGACGGCAGUACCGAUCUCAUCCAGAAAUACACCGGCCCGAUGCUG